UUCGCUCAAGGCAAGCGCUUGCGUCCCAGUUGUCGACCUUAAUUAAACUGCUGAGGACGAGGAUUCUUAUCAGAGAAUCCUCGAGAAAAGGCAUGGCUGUUAUGGCUGAACUAGCGAGGAUCUUAGUGGCCUUGGCCCUGGCAGGACUUGGGGCUCGAGGACAAGUCGCAAGAACAAUUGAAGAUCGAGGAACUCUCUACAACAUGGUGUUCGGGUACGCCCUAACCACACCUGAUGACUAUGAAAGUGUCAUAACCUCCAGCGGAUGCGCAUGUCGACUUCGUUGCCUAACUCUGGCAAGCUGCCGCUCUGUGUCCCUGGUGCCCCUGGACGGAGACUCGGCCGGGAGAGUCGAGUGCCGCACGUCGGGCAAACCCAUCAGGCUGUUGAAGCUGAACGACAGGCCUCGUCUGGGCAAGACACCAGGGGCCGUGCAUUUCCUGGAGACAUAUGACGGACGCCAUAAUGACAUAGAAAUUGAUGGUUUUCGAUACGUGAAAAGUUCCAGCGAUAAGUGUUUUCAGCAGGCUACCGCUCUCAUAAACACGUGGGAUCGUUUCCAUGUCAUAGCAUCUGUAUUUGAACGGGAAAGGUAUAAAUCUCUUAAGGUCGGACUAUCUCACCAAGCUGGAGGACCUUUGGAAUGGCACAGAUUUGGACAAGUCUUCCCAUUCACUAACUACGAGCUAAACAUGACGGUGGUGGAUGACAGGAAGCCUGGCGAAUCGGUAACCUUUUACUUAGAAAAGGUUGAAAAUGAGUUCCUGCUCAUUGGUGACAACGAAAAUCUUCCCAACAAGACUCUUUGUAUGUUUAACCCUCUAAAUUUAGUAUGGAAGUGAAUUGAAAAGGAAUAACACACUCUCCCACUCACUCCUCGUUAAUCUGAAUGGAAAAGGCAAAAUUUGGGAAUUUGAUAUAAAAUUUCUUACAUGCUAAGAGUUCAAACGCCCUCAUGAUUAUGUUGAAGGGGUUACCUCAUCAAAUGAAUUCUAUAAAAGUUGUCCAUAAAAUAAUUGAUUUCUUUCUUGAUGCUCAUGUUGCCAUUUUUUACUGGAGAACAUAAAAUAUGAUAAUGUACAAUGAAAAUGCACAAUUUUGAUGAGCUAUGAUGUGAAUGCAUAACUAAAAAAAAAUUGCUCCUACUACUGUUUCUCUAAAUAAAAGGAGACAAAUUCCACUGUUCCAAUAUUAUA